AAUCAGUGUAUGAUCUUCUCCCCAAAGAGUUGCAGUUGCCACCCUGUGUUGAGGAGAACAGUGCGACAAUGAGUCAGAAAAGUGGCGGAGAGACGGGGUCUCCCCCCACAACAGUUCUUUCUUCAGGUAAGCUUUUUCCACUGAUUUGUCUUGCUUUUCCCUCUCUUCCCAGUUUAGUACCAUAAUAUAGGUGAGCAGUGCUCGUAAUGGUUCUGUCCUGCUGUUCACUCUUUAGGCUACCUGCAAGACCUUUUUUACCAGGCUGUGGAGAAAUCUUCAGCAUUUUUGUGGGCUUAGCAUUUAAACACAGGUCGAGGUAGACGAAAACUAGAGAUCAUAUCUGUCCUGAUCAGAAAGUCUUACCUUGUAAUUGAGCCACUGGAGGCUCGUGAAUCAUUUUCAUUUAUGUAGAUGUUAUUCCUUUCAGAGUUACUUAAUAAAAGGUAACAAGCAAAUUGAUGGUGAUAUGCAAAGGUGAUCAUCUAGUUAGGUGUUAUGCUAUAAGUUGUUUGGGCAUGAAAAUGGCUCUGGCUGGUAAAACACUCUCUGUUUUACUGUAACUGAAUGGAUAGCCCUCGUGCCUUGCAGUUGGAGUCUAAGGAAAUGAUCUUUUCUUGAACCUUGAGAGAUUUCUCUCUCUCUCUCUGAAAUGACUAAUAACUAAAUGUGGGGGAUAGAUCUUAAGCUGGGUUGCAUCAAUGGUCAGAAAUAUGGCAGCCAAAGUUUGUUUGAGGUUAAUUUAAGAAACACAAAACCAAAAAAAAAACAAAAACCAACAGAAGUCAGACAAACUUGACCCAUAAAACAGCAAUACACUCUCUAAAUGUUAACACUCCCAGAGUCAACACAGAUAACCAAUUUACCCCAAACCAUUUCGGUACUGCUCACAAGAGUCAUUCCUUGUAACCAAGCUGGCUGAUCUGUUGAAAAAUCCUUACUAACUGCAUAUUGUUUUUUUGUGGUUUGUUAACUACUUGAGUUGGUGCCAUCACCAGAUUGUAACCAGCCGUAACAUGCAUGGAUGGGGAAAAAUAUGAAAACAGAAACAUUUAGUGAAAACACUCUUAGCAAAGAAUAUUCCUCAUCGGACCCGUCCCUCCAAAAUGAAGUCUAAAGCUUUUUUGGGUUCGUGUUUGUGCUUUGAAACGUGAACACACAGAAUGAGAUUCACUUUAGUUUCUUUCACUCUACUCCUUUACCAAAGUAGGUUUAGGGUGAGUUUCAGUAAACCAGAAGUCUGUUGCCUUCGGACAUCAGUACCUAACUGCAGCCAGUUACAUCCCUCUGACGAGGCAGGACAUGCUGGCUGUAGCAGAAGGAAGGGCCCAAAGUAGGCCUGAGACAUGGAUCAUUUUGGAUUUUGAAGGCUCACUGCUGAUGAGUUCCAUUUUUAUUAAUUAAUUCAACUCUAAACAAAUUCCUUUGUUCUUUUAAAAGUCAUUUUCAAUGGUCAGCUUUUAUUACUCAUUCGUUGUCUCGUUUUUAUUCCAGGAAUUUCCCUCUGAAGCAGGGAGUGUCUGCAUAUAAAAUGGUCUGCAGUUCUCUGCUUCAUAGAUGCCUCCUCCAUCUCCUCUGGUAUGACCAUGGGAAGUCCCAGCAGUGCUUUUCCCACCUCUUCCAGCUUCACCAUGCACUCCUCUACCUCAGCCACGGACCGGGGCCCGGUGCAUGAAAACAGCACACCUGGUGAAGUAGGUAGCCGGAGGAAGGCAGAGAUGCUGGCUGCGGAAGGUAAACUGCCCAGCAGCAGUGGCAGUGGAGGAAGUGGAAGAGGGUGUGGAGAGAAGGGCGGGGGAGCCUCUCAGCAGCACCACCAUCAGAUGAUGCCCUCCAAACGACCCGUCUUGAACAUCUCGCCCCCGCCAGAAGACCUUUUUGAUGACAGCCACAUGUCGGGAUGCCAAGACGACCUGCUCCAGGACUCGGAGCAGAGCAACAGUAUCUGGACAGAAAACUCUGUCUCAAACUUCAGCCUCAUGAGCUCCAGCUCCUACAAUGACAACACAGAGGUUCCUCGCAAGGCCCGGAAGCGCACGCCGCGUCAGCGGCCUGGGUCAAAGCCGGUGUCUGCCGAAGAAGCCAAUAUGGACGUCUUCGAUGCGGACAGUGCCAAAGGCCCACACUUUGUGCUCUCCCAGCUUGGCCCAGACAGCAAGACCUGUGUCAAAACAAGCUCUGACGGAAACCAGGCAUCUGGUCAGAAAGGCGGGGUAUUGUCUGGCCAGUACCCACAGAAGAGCGAGGGGAAGGAGCUGAAGAUCCUCGUCCAGCCGGAGACCCAGCACAGAGCCCGGUACCUGACUGAAGGCAGCCGGGGCUCCGUGAAGGACCGCACACAGCAAGGCUUUCCUACGGUCAAGCUUGAGGGGGUGAAGGAGCCAGUGGUUCUGCAGGUGUUUGUGGGCAAUGAUGCUGGCCGCGUGAAACCUCACGGAUUCUACCAGGCCUGUAGAGUGACGGGUCGAAACACCACUGCCUGUAGAGAAGUGGACAUUGAGGGCACCACUGUCAUCGAAGUGUCUCUGGACCCCAGCAAUAAUAUGACCCUUGCUGUGGACUGUGUGGGAAUCCUGAAGCUCCGGAAUGCUGACGUGGAAGCUCGCAUCGGUGUGGCCGGGUCCAAGAAGAAAAGCACCCGUGCCAGGCUGGUGUUCAGAGUGAACAUCCCUCGACCAGACGGCUCUGUGCUCACGCUACAGACGCCCUCCUCUCCCAUUCUGUGCACCCAGCCUGCAGGCGUUCCUGAGAUUCUGAAGAAGAGUCUACACAGCUGCUCAGUACAAGGAGGCGAAGAAGUGUUUAUCAUUGGAAAAAACUUUCUCAAGGGAACAAAAGUCAUAUUUCAAGAGAACGUCUCAGAUGAGAAGUCUUGGAGGGCUGAGGCUGAGAUUGACAUGGAGCUUUUCCAUCAGAACCAUCUUAUUGUGAAAGUUCCACCAUAUCAGAAUCAAGCCAUCACCUGUCCUGUAUCUGUUGGGAUCUAUGUAUUGACGAAUGCUGGACGUUCCCAUGAUGUGCAGCCAUUUACCUACACUCCAGAUCCAGCUACAGAUGUGUCUGUGAAAAAAGAGACCUUGCCUCCAGUCAAGCCCUGUUCCUUUGAAGUAAUGGAUGGUGGUUUGAUGGUCCCAAUCUUGCCUCUUGUCAAAAGAGAAGAAGUCACUCCCAUGGAGGUGUCCAGUAACUCUGGAACCUUUAAGACCUCAGAUCUGAUGAAUUCAGCCCAGCAGACCCUAGAAAUUAAUAACAACAUCUCUACCAACGGUCAGUCAUUCUCAAGCUCUCUGGCCUGUCAACAAGCAGAACAAGAACAGCCUCAGAGUUCUGUUUUCUCCAACAAGGAACCAUUAAGCACCAUUCAGAAGCAAGACAUUGCACCCAACAGCUCUUUCCAUGUGCCUGGCAAACCGCUGCUCCAGCAAGGGACCCAGCAAUUCCUCUUGGAUACUGAGAGUCUGACCCAGGAGAGGUCUGGCAGCAGUGCUGGUACAAUGGUGGGACUUUCCCAAAUGGACGACAGCCCACAGCAUCAACUGUCUCUCCUACCUCCAGAUGAGGUGGCACAACUGGAGCAAGCAGUGCGACAGCUGCAAGCAAAGGGAUUUUGCAACAUUCAUCUUCAGUCCGAAGAUUCGCUGGCAAAAAAGCAGCAGCACCGACUUCAGCAACAUCAGCAAAUACAGCAGCAGAUCCAGCAGCAGCAACAGCAACAGCAGCAGCAGCAGCAGCAGAUGCAACAGCAACAGCAACAAGUUCUGGAGAACCUGCAGCAUCAGCUUUUUCAUCCCCAGGUUCAAAUGCAGUGCAGUCCAGAGCAGCAGGGCUCCUCGCAAAGCAUAGUGGAGAACAACAAUGCACUCUUCCAACAGCCGUCUGCACAGCAGCAGCAGGCUGCUCUGUUUCAGCAAGCAAAAGAUCUCAUCUCCAUUCAAACCAGCUAUCUUCAGCAGACACCCUCUCAUUCCUCUCCUCCCUUGUUCCACACCUCCACUUCCUUGGCUGAGGCCCAAGCCCCUCAAGAGGCACUGUUUCACACACAGAAAACCUCACCCACCCAGGAGCAGGUCCAGGCUUCCCUUUUCCAGAACACUAUGAAUGUUCUUGAUGGGUCCAGCUUGUCUGCAGAACCUCAGCCUUCUGCAACCAGUAUGUUUCUCAGCCAGAGUGCCUUACCUGGUCAGCUCGCAGUCAAUAACAACCAGUCGCAACAGCUGGCUUUCCUCAGCUCUAUGCAGACGUCUGCCCUUGAGCCGCAGUCUGUGUUCCAAGCCUCUGCCCAGCUGGCCCCCAUUCAGCAGGGCACGCCCAUGGAGCAGCAGUCGCCGCAACAGACCUCACAACCCCAGCCGGGCUCUCUGUUUCAGGGUAUCUCCCAGCCAUCAAACGCCAAGCUCUCCCCUAACCAACAGCAAGCUGGGUUGCUCUUUAACUCUCUGAGUUCAGCAGUGGCACCAGAACAGACCUCUGGUCUCUUGUUCAGUGGUCAGCCUCAGAUGACCUCAAUGAAUAGCAGCAGCCUGAUUUCCUCGGAGCAGCAGAAUGCAUCACUUCCUUUUUCCCAGACCAGCAUGGUCACGGUCAGGCAGGAAGAGCCCUCUGAGCCCAUGUCGUUCCAGGAUCAGAGCACUGAUGUGGCAAAUCAGUCUGGAAGUAAGCAAACCAUGUUCCAGGAACAACAGCCCAUGCAGCUGGCACCAGGUUCAGGCACCGGCUCUCAGCCUUCUGUGAACCUUUUUGUGGCCCAGCCCAAUAUGCCAAGGAGCAUAGCCUCCCAAGAGGCACUUUUUGCUCCUCAGAAUGGUGUGGCAGGACUUCAGACCACCACCUCCUCACCAGUGCAACAGCCUGGAUCCCUGUUUCAGACAACAGUGAGUGGAAGCCUCAACCAGCCAAGCCAGAACCAGCAGCCUAGCAUCUUCCUUUUUGAAAUACAUAAUGAUUGCAGUCAGCUGAUGAACUCCCAAGGAACCACGCUUUCUGACCAGAUCAUUGCCAUAAGCCAGUCUGGUCAGAACCAGAGGGAGAGUGAUGGGCACAUCCAUUCCUUACUCAACCAGUCCAUGUCAGAAUCUGGGAAUGUUCAAAAUGUCCUAACCACCUCCCAGAACAUGGAGAAGAUCGAUGACCUCCUUGUGAGCCUUCAGGAGCAAGACAAGCUUGGAGAAGAUCGGGGAAGUCAUUAAGGGUCAGUGGCUGAAUGGUGAAAGCUGUGACGACGUGAGCUUUGUGAAUGUAUCGUUCAGAUAUCAGCGCUACAGAGAGCAUCUGCAGAAAGUAUAUUGGUGUGGAGGUCAAGGAGUUACUUCAGUCAUGCCUUAGUUGAACAGUGUCACUACAAACAAGAUUUCCAAGAUACGCUAUGUCUGUCAGGUUAAGCACGGCAUACUUUCGUGCUGUUUGUCUUUAGCUGUGAAAGAAACAUAUCAUAAAACGUGGAAUGUUUGGUCUUUUUGUCAGUUCUCAGCAAGCACUUUGCUUUUUUAUGAAGUCGUAUCAGCAAGUAAGCACAUUUUGAGCUCCCUUUUCUUGUGACUGAUGCAUUUUUGCCAGAUAUUUUUUUUUAAUCUUGUACAUUAAUCAAAUUAUGAAAGGUUCAAACACAAAAAAAAGAAAAGAAAAAAACUUGUAACAUAUUUUGACAUUUUAUCCCGGUAGCACUUUAUUUGUUUAGAUGUUUGUUUAGCACUGUUGGUCUCGACUCCACCCUCCCUCAUGCUUUCAGUCUCAAAUCAUGAUUUAGACAGUGCUAAAAAUUUGCAUAAUCCACCGUUUAUAGCCAUCGUCUCAUGUAGCUUGUGUAGUUUAUGAAAUGUAAUGUUCUGAGAGUUUGUCUCUCUCUUUCAAAAUAUGUCUGUUAGUGCGUUUAUUGUGAAAAAGGAGAUGUUUACUGCUCUACAGAUUCUAAAAAAUUUACAUAUCUCGCUAGAUGAUGCCUCUGUGCUUCGAUGUAUUGCUUACUAGCGGCUGGCACGCUGGUGGUGGGCAGUUUGACUUCUUUUUAUCAAACAAGGUCCUACUACCAACAGCUUUUUACCAGGUUAUCUUGCCUUGGUGCUACACACAAAAGGAAUACAGCCUUUUAUCACCCGUUUAUCCUUAGCGUAUUAACUCUGUACAUAAAAUCAUAUUCUCAGUACAGAAUAACAUUUUCAGCUAGUAGACAACCCUGUCGACUCCUGAACUUCAAGCCUCAAGUCAGCACCACCUUUUACACGCUUUAUGAAAACUUAGGCCAGUUUUAUGGCUCAGAAGGUUUUGGUAAGUAGGGCUGCUUUGUUACAAACGGAAGAGAAGAAUGUGAAGUGAGUUGCAGAAUUUUGCUCUCAAAUUCAACGCCAGGCUUGUUGUAAAGCUGCCAAAUGUUUGUUUUUAUGGUUGUGGUAGGUCUCACGUUAUGAAUAUUUGGCUAGUUGAGAAUCAGCUGGCAAACUGAUGUGUUUUUUUAAUGAAAAUAAUCAGAUGCAUACAUUACAAGGGCCCUGCGCUCUGUAAUAUUUAAGGCAAUAGCUCAUUUGAGCUUUUAUUGCAGUGAUUAUCAACGGUUCGGGGUGUCGUGUCUCUCAUGACCAUUCUAACUAUUUUAUGCCUAGUUUUGAAUAGUGACUAUUCUGACCUCUGCGUAGGUGGGGGGGUGCUCUUUUAGAUCUUUAAAGGAGUCCUCUGCAUAGAUGUGAACUGAAAGAGCUGUCUGUGAUUGGCCUUCAUCUCUGUACAAUACUGAUUUUCAUUCAUUUGUUUAUUUGUUUCUGUCUCUUACUAUUUAUGUGAAUAUCAACGAAUAUUUUCUUUAUCAGAUUUUGAAAACUUUACUACUACUUUGUUGUAGAAAACGACUUCUAAUUUAUUUUUUUGCAUUGUUAUUGUCUCCAGAAACAUUUUCAUCAAAUCAAAAAAGCUGAUUCUGUUAACUUCCAGCUCCAUAAUUGUGAUUAAAAGACAUCUCUGUAUUAUAUGAUCAUCCAUCAUCAGCUGCAUGGAGUGUAUACGUUUAAGAAGGUUAACAUUCCUGAUCCUAUAUUUUUAACUUUCCUACUUUUAAGAUUUUUAAUGCCAGGUCAGAGCAGAUGUCCUGUUGUUCUCGUCCCUGUCAGAAUUAUUGAACUGGAUAAGACUUAAAAAAAAUCUAAAACUUUGGGGAAAACUAAGCCAUAUAAGCAAACAUAACAUAAUGUAACAAAACAUAACGUUUAUAACCUCAUCUGACUUUGGACCAAUAAUAAUAUUUUUCUUCAUUAUUCCAUUAGUUUGUUUGUUUGUUGUAUAUAUGAUAUUUAAUCCUCUAUUUUAAUAAUCUACAAAUGUUAAAAAUCACCACAUUAACUUAACAAGUAUGCAGUACAUUUUGUAGAUCUGUAUUGCCUUUAAAAUACGUACCUAAAUGUAUCUAGAAGCAAAAAAAAACCAGUUUCUAUCUCUGUGGAAGGAAAGACUAUGGACCUAAAACCAAAUGGACCUUUCUUCUUUUCCAGUUCACACAAUGAACUGCCUUGUGGCUUUUAGUCCCACUCUAUUCGUAAUUUACUAAAACCAGUUUUUCUCCAAACACGUUUCUCUAAAUUAUUUUCUAAAGACUUUUUUAUUUAAAGAUGUUUUUCUAAAUAUUACCACACAACAGAAAAUCCAAAUGAAUAUCAUUAAAUAACCGGUAAAUCAGAGAUAGUUGUGCCUUUGAAUGAAAACUGUAGUUGAAAGCUGGUUAUUUUCUCACUUGUUUGACAGACCAGUGGAACUUCAAUUAACAAUCAGUGCUUCUGCCUCAGUUGUUCAGUCCAAGUAUCACUUGAGGCUGCUGUGCAGUUGGACUUGAUUUUCACAAGGUUAAAUAUUCUCUCUUCUACUUGGUCAGUCUUCUUUUAAUGGGAGUGCAAGUUGUCAACAUAACUAUAACAUUAUUAUGAUGAAGUUCCCGAUCAACUGGAAGAAACACAUUCAGAUUCUCUUCAUCUUCUCUCUUCUUUUAUUUGACUCACUGACGUGCGAACCCAGUCGUGAACGUUACCUGCGUUUCCUAUAUGGAAGUAGAUUUGAUAUGAAAGUCUUCGGUUUGUUAUUUCAGUAACAAACCUGCAAAGUGCACUCACAGGUUAGCCUGGUGUAUGGUGGGGAAAUAAGGUGGUGACUUACAUGUUUUAUCUGUUUUGUUUAAAAGAAAAUAUUUUAUCAACUUAAAAUGUAGUACAGUCUACAUUAUAUUUUGUGUUCAUCUAGGCAUUUGUACUCCUGCAGUUACUUUUUCUGUAUUCUUGCUGUUAUCAAUAAAAUAGAUAAUUGUUCUAUAAACAA